AUGGGUACUCCACGUGGAACACCAAUGAGGAAAAUUGCCGGUGGCAGCUAUCUACACUUUGGUCUUGAGGAGUGUCCUCAGUGUGCAAUGGAUGUGAUGGAAUCCCCAGAUUUGAAGUGCAUUUAUCUGCAGCUACAUGCCGACGGUUUGUCUCCGUUCAGGAACUCUAUCGUUCGAUUGUGGCCUAUAUUGGGACGCACUAUGAAACCAUUAUUCCGUGUUUUUUUGGUUGGCUUGUUCUGUGGUAUGUCCAAGCCCGGAGAUGUACAUAAAUACCUCUCGGAAACCAUUGAGGCGUUGGGUCAACUGACAUCGACCGGUGUACGAUUACAAAUGAACGCAAAAUUGGUUAAGGCGAUUCUGCAUAGUAUACUCUCAGAUGCCCCGGCAAAAAGUUACAUCAAGCAAGUCAAACAGCUCAGCGGUUUAUAA